CUUAAACUCAGUAACCUGUGGCGGUGGCACCAGCAGCCAGAAACCUGUAGAACAUGUUGAGUGUAGUCAAACUGCCUCCUGUCUUCAGUGUACACCAAGUACCUAAAGCCUUCCAGGAGGACUCUAUUAUUUCUGGGUAUCGUCAUCCUCGGAGUUCUGCUACCGACUGCAUCCUUAGCCUGUUCCAGCUCACCAAUGAGACUCUCAAUGUUUGGACACACUUCUUACCUACCUGGUAUUUUCUGUACACGCUCUUGUCAGUGGUCUUUAUGCAGUAUGUUUGGACCGAUGCAUACACAUGGCCGCUGUUGAUCUUCCUGUUUUCCUGUUGCAUGUACCCGCUGGCAUCCAGCUGUGCUCACACAUUCAGCACAAUGUCCACACGUUCCCGCCAUAUCUGCUACUUCUUUGAUUAUGGAGCACUCAGUCUAUAUAGCUUGGGUUCAGCUCUUGCCUACUCUGAAUAUGUUAUGCCAGACACAUGGGUGAACAGUACCUUUCAUAUAUAUUAUGUUCCUGUGGCGGUUUUCAACUCUGUGAUUUCCACUGCCAUGGCCUGUUACUCCAGGCUUGGGUUCCCUCCACACUAUAACACUGACACUGAGAACAGGUUUGCAGAAUGCAAGAGACCCAGAUUUGGCAAGGUUCUGCGUAUUUUAGCCUUCUCCUACCCCUACCUGUUCGACAACAUUCCUCUCUUCUAUAGGAUCUUUCUGUGUGUGGGAGAAGGCUGCACUGCAAAUGAAGCAAACUCUCUCCACGUUUAUCACAUAUUCCUGGCUUUCCUCACAGGUUUUUUGUUUGCCACACAUCUGCCCGAAAGGCUGGCACCUGGACGUUUCGACCUAAUAGGCCACAGCCACCAGCUGUUCCACGUGUGUGGGGUCAUUGCCACACACUUUCAAAUGCAGGCCAUACAGAUGGACAUGGCUGUGAGACGGCCAUGGCUGCGUGUUCACGCUCCUGAAAUUACCUUUAGAGGGACUCACGGAGCAACUAUGCUGUCCAUUGUUAUUAGUCUGGGCAUAAUCUGCUUCUUCAGUUAUCCUCUUUUUUACAGUCCUGUUCGAGGAAAAGCAACCAGAAAAAGGUCCAGUGCAGCAAAGAAGAACUGAAACCACAAACUCAAGCUCUCUGAGUCCCCACUGGAAGUUUGGAACUGAUAUAAUGGAGGGUUAUGUCAAAAAACGUUUGUCAACGGUUAUAAAAAAAAAAAAAAACGUUUUGGCUUAGAGCAUAAGAAAAUGCACAAUGGCUUUGAGCCUUUUCGGAAAAGUGAAGGAAUAAUCUAAGAUUUUCAACCUAAUCUUAAUUACCGGUGCAAGCCUGAGCAAGAAUUGGGACUUUUGUUCAGUGUGAGAAGAAAAAAAACAAUAGUAAGAAAGAAUCUUUUAUCUGUCACAUAUACAGUACAUUACAGCACAGUUAAAUUCUUUCUUCACGUAUCCCAGCCUGCAAGGAGGCUGGGGACAGAGCACAGGGUCAGCCAGGAUACAGCUCCCCUCGAGCAGAGAGGGUUAAAUGUCUUCCUCAAGGGCCAGCUGUUUCAGCAUAGAGGUGCUAGGGCAUAAACUCACCAUAUUACUCAAAUUAUAUACCCAUAUUACUCAAAUACACCAGAUUACUUAAAAUCUUGCUUAUAACAGAAGUCUAGAGCCAGUUGCUUUUAAUAUAACACACACUGCUUUCCUAAACAAAUUAUUUAUAUAUGUAUUGGUGAGCAUGCCUCCGUUUCCAUCUGAUUAGAUCACAUACAGGAACAGCAAAGACUCCUCACUAUAUUUAUGAAAAGAGCUUCUGUCUGAGUGUGAACUUUAUAUUCUUACAUUAUUUUACAUUUACAUUCACAUUACAUAGGCCCAUAUUUUACAUGUUCAGCUGCGCUUAGACUUUAAUUAUAAGAGGAGGUUAUUUGCAGUAAAGUGUUUUGUAAUUGCACAUGAACUACAGUUGUAUUAGUGUGAGAUUAGGUUGAAAACUUUGGAGUAUUUCUUUCAUCGGGUAGUAUUAAAAGUAAUUUAUUUGAAUUAUGCAAAUUGUGUGUAUAUUUAUAUAAGUAUUUUCACAGGUAUAUGUCUGACGCUGCUUAUCAUCUCAGGCCUCACACUUUUUGUGAGCUAUACGUAGAAAGUCAGGAGGUAGACAUGAGUGUGGUUUGUGAGUAUAUAUAUAUAUAUAUAUAUCAGUGAUGAGAGAUAUUACAUACAGUGUAUAUAUCAUUACUAUUGGUAUGUAAAAGGCUUUUUUAUGUGUAUUUAAUGAUGUUCAAAUAUUUGUAAUGUUAAUGCCUUUAUAAUAAAAAAUGUCACAGAA